AUGACCUCCCUCAGUCAGGCGAAUGAGCAAUUCGCCCUCCGGGACCACUGGAAGUGUCUGUCAGCGGUCUUUCUCGUGUCCAUCUCGUCCUUCCAGUAUGGCCUCGACUUUGGCAUCAUUGGAGGUCUCCAGGCCAUGGUUGGCUUCCUGAAGGUCUUUGGUGAGGAAGCUCCCGACACGCCCCUCGGCUACAACCUCUCGGCGGUGCGGCAGCAGCUCAUCUCGUCGCUGAUGAUCCUGGGCGCCUUCAUCGCCUCGUCCACGGCCGGCUUCACCGCCCGCUUCUUCGGGCGCAAGAUUUCGCUCUGGCUGGCGUGUGUCCUCGUCUUCGUGUCGACGGCCAUGAUGCAGGCCUCGACCAGCAUCGGCGCCCUGUACGCAGGGAGGACCAUCAUCGGGAUCGGCAACGGCCUGCUCAUGACCCACGCGCAGCUGUACAUCCACGAGACCACCCCGGCCCGCUACCGUGGCCUCGCCAUCGGCUCCUUCAACAUCUGGACCUCGGUCGGCUCCCUCGUCGGCACCGUCAUCGACAAUUUCACACAGAAGGAUCACUCCAAACAGGCGUACAUCCUCUCGCUCGGCCUCGUGCACAUCUUGCCUGGCGUCCUCUGCUUCGGCCUGUUCCUCAUCCCCGAGUCGCCCCGCUGGCUGCUCAGCAAGGGCAAGGAAGCCGAGGCCGAGAAGGCGCUCAACUGGCUCCGCCCCCGCGGCUUCCCCGUCAAGGAGGAGUUUGAGCAGAUGCAGGCCGGCCUCGAGGCCGAGAGGCUGAUCAACUCCAACGUCGGCUUCAUGGACGUCUUCCGCAACCCCGUCGACCGCCGCCGCACCCUGCUCUCCAUCGCCGCCAUCACGAGCCAGGCCGCGUCGGGCUCCAUGUUCAUGAUCUCGUACGGCACCUACUUCUUCGCCAUGGCCGGCAUCGGCGACCCCUUCGCCAACUCGUGCAUCCUGAGCAGCUGCGGAGUCGUCGCCAUCAUUCUCAACGCCAUCAUCAUCACACGCUACGGCCGGAGGCGCGUCUUCCUCAUGACCGGCCUCGUCAUCUGCGGCAUCUGCCAGCUCAUCGUGGCUUGCGUCUACAACGCCGCCCCGGGGACAGCCCAGACCGGCAAGGUCAUUGUGGGCAUCUCCAUCAUCUACAUUGUCUCGUACAACGGCGGCAUUAACACAUAUGCUUGGGUUGCUGGUGGCGAGUUCCCCUCCCAGCAGCUCCGAUCCUAUACCUUUGGCCUCGCCACGGCUGUGGGCUUUGCAGGAGCGUGGCUCACAAGCUUCACUGCCCCCUACUUCAUCAACCCCGACGCGCUCAACUGGGGUCCCAAGUACGGCUUCAUCUGGAUGCCAUCGUGCCUCUUCACCGCCAUCUGGAUGUACUUCUACUUCCCCGAGACCAUGAACCGCACCCUGGAGGAGAUCGACGAAUUGUUCGAGGCGAAGGUCCCGGCAAGGAAGUUCCGCAAGUACCAGUGCACUGGCCCGCUCGCCCGCGUGCACGACGAGAAGGUGUCUUCUGGCGACGAGAAAGUGCGCGUGGAGGAGGAGGUCGAGAGUACAAGUGCCUGA